GUUUUAUUUAAGAAGGAAACGAUUCAUUUUUACAAAAAAAAAUAGCGGAACUUUGAGCCGUUGUUUGCUAGGUAGUACAAAAUGCCUUCACAAAAGAUUGAAACUGGUCACCAAGACACAGUUCAUGAUGUGGCAAUGGAUUAUUAUGGCAAGCGUCUUGCCACAGCAUCUUCAGACAACACCAUUAAGAUUAUUGGGGUAAGCAAUUCGGCUUCUCAGCAUCUUGCAACUUUGAGUGGUCACCUGGGACCCGUGUGGCAAGUAGCAUGGGCACACCCGAAGUUUGGGUCCCUCCUUGCUUCCUGUUCUUAUGAUGGGAGGGUCAUAAUUUGGAAGGAAGGUCAACAGAAUGAGUGGAGCCAAGCCCAUCUUUUUGAUGAUCACAAAGUUUCUGUCAAUUCCAUUGCUUGGGCACCUCAUGAACUGGGUCUUUGUUUGGCAUGUGGAUCCUCAGAUGGGAAUAUCUCGGUUUACACUGCAAGAACAGAUGGUGGUUGGGACACAUCGCGCAUUGACCAGGCUCACCCAGUUGGUGUCACAUCUGUUUCAUGGUCCCCGUCGAUAGCUCCUGGUGCUCUUUUCACUUCUGGCCUGGUUGACCCUGUUCAGAAGCUUGCAUCUGGUGGUUGUGAUAACACAGUGAAAGUGUGGAAGCUUUAUAAUGGAGUUUGGAAGAUGGAUUGCUUCCCUGCUCUUCAAAUGCAUACUGAUUGGGUAAGGGAUGUUGCUUGGGCACCCAACUUAGGACUUCCUAAAUCUACUAUAGCAAGUGCUUCUCAAGACGGAAGAGUUAUUAUAUGGAGUGUGGCCAAGGAAGGAGAUCAAUGGGAUGGAAAGGUUUUGAAGGAUUUUCAGGCCCCUGUUUGGAGGGUCUCAUGGUCAUUGACUGGAAACAUACUGGCUGUUGCUGAUGGGGAAAACAAUGUUACAUUGUGGAAAGAAGAAGUAGAUGGAGAAUGGCAACAGGUCGAGCUUUUUUAGUCCUCGACUCUGCAUCUUGAGUGGUGAUGAUUCACAGUACAAGUGACUAGGUGCAGCCGAAUGGGGUUGAACUGUGGAAGUCUGGAACUGUGAUAUAAUGCUUCAGAAAACAGAGUUAACCAGUGCCUCUUCCAUCGGAGAUCACUCCCCACUCUGAUCUUGAAUCGACUCCAAACCGCAUUCCCGGCACACUUGCUACUAUUUGUGCUAUAAUCUCACCUUGUUGGGUCACCAUUAAUGCGGGGCUCGUCAGAACUAAGCAUCGGCUUUUGCCUGCACUACAGAGUACAGAGCUUCACAUAUCUUCCCAGGUCUGAGGUUUUGUUAGCCAGGGAUCGGGCUUGCUCACACUGUGGAAGGGUACGCAAACUCGGCCCAAUUCUCAGGAUGUGUUCCCCUGGGGACCGAGCAUUUUGCCAGCUUGCAAAAACAGAAUCAAAUGCAGAAUUCCAAACAAUUAUGUGGCCCA